UGUUGUGAAUUUGAACGCCACACCGGAAGUCCACUCGGCUGAAAAAGUUGAACAUAAAUUUGUGCGGUCUUGACUGUCAAUGGCUGCUUCCGCCCAGAAGUCAAAUCAUCAAACGGCAACCGCGGAUUUAUUUUUGUACUAAUUUCACAACGACAAGAAGAGGCGAGUAUCUAGACUGGAUUCGGCUUUGGAGGUGCGAGCGCUCCAAUCUCACCCGUUAGCCAUGUUGUUAGCCGACGUUAGCUAGCGCGGCAGAAACGGUACUCGUUCGGCGUUUGUUUGUUUUCCCCUGUUUUUGUGGAUGAAUUUUAAAUGGACGAGCUCAAGGAAAACAUCCACGGCCAGGACGCCAAUGUGAAGAUGUCCAGCGGAGAAGAUGAUAAGGUGAUACGUCCCGCCGGAGGCGAUGCCUCGGAGGCGAGCCAGUCCAGCAGCGACUUCAGCCACCCCGUCUACAAAGAGAUCGCUUUGGCCAACGGUCACAUCAACCGCAUGACCAGGGACGAGCUCCGCAGCAAGUUGGCGGAGCUGAAGCUCGACACCAGAGGCGUGAAGGACGUGAUGAAGAAGAGGCUGAAGAGCCACUACAAGAAGCAGAAGCUGACGCAGUCGGCCGCCGAGGGGGGCGGGGCCGACACCUACUACGACUACAUCUGCGUGGUGGACUUCGAGGCCACGUGCGAAGAGGACAACCCGGCCGACUUCCUGCACGAGAUCAUCGAGUUCCCCGUGGUUCUCAUUAGCACGCACACCUUGGAGAUUGUGGACACCUUCCAGGAGUAUGUCAAACCGGAGUUGAACCCCAUGCUGUCGGACUUCUGUGUCAAGCUCACGGGAAUAACACAGGAAAUGGUGGAUGCGGCCGACACCUUCCCGGUGGUUCUGCAGCACGUGGUGGCGUGGCUGCAGGAGAGGGAGCUGGGCACUAAAUAUAAAUACACUUUCCUCACCGACGGAGCGUGGGACAUGAGCAAGUUCCUCAACAUGCAGUGUCGCAUCAGCCAGAUCCGAUACCCGCACUUUGCCAAGAAGUGGAUCAACAUUCGCAAGUCCUACGGCAACUUCUACAAGGUCCCGCGCACUCAGACCAAGCUGAGCACCAUGCUGGAAAAGCUGGGCCUGCAGUACGAAGGCCGCCCUCACUCGGGCCUGGACGACUCGCGCAACAUCGCUCGCAUCGCGCUGCGCAUGCUGCAGGAUGGCUGCCAGCUGCGCGUCAAUGAGCGCAUGCACGGCGGCCAGCUGCUGGCCGUGCCCAGCUCGGUGCCGGUGGAGGGAGCGCCGCCCCCCCGCUGGCCCAGCACCCGCAAGUAGGCAAACUCUGUAACUCUCUUCUCAAGACACCAGCACGGAACACCUUGAGAUGAAUUCCACACCUGAUGCUGCUACAUGCUCAGCUUUUCAUCUGAGUUGUAUGUCUGAUCUGUUUUAACACAAAUAAACCACAACAGCCAAACUCCAAAGACAUGCUUUUAU